AUGGAAAACGCAGUUCUUCAGGCUAAGGCGCCCCUUGCCAACCCCACAGGCAGCGGUGGAAGUGACCUUCCCAGAGAGCCACUCGAGGAUAGACCUAGGCAUCCUGCGAGCGUCGCGUACAGCAGCCUAUCCAGCACGGCUCCAGAUCCAGAGAAAUUCCGCAAAUCUAUGGCUCGUUCACGCAUUACGAAAAUCUCGGAAAUGCCUGCUGGGAGCUAUGAACUGGAGAUCGUACCCCCACCUCGAGCGAUGAUGAACGGCAGCGACUUUGAGUGUCCUUAUUGUUGUCUUGUUCUUCCUACGAGUAAAUUCAAAGACUUGAAAGACUGGCACGAGCAUGUCAAGCACGAUGCCGAGCCGUAUGUCUGCCUUUUCGACAAUUGCGACAGUGGUGAUGUGCUGUACGCAAAUAGCAAGGACUGGAAAGACCACAUGCGUGCACGGCAUUUACUCCGAUGGAGCUGCAAUACAAGAGCCCACGGUGGGAUGUACGAAACAGCGACUGAAUUCGAGUCGCAUUUAAGAACUGAGCAUCCGGGGCAGUAUACAGAAUCGCAGAUGAGGUUGAUCACCAACAACAGUGUCUUCUUCAUUGAGAAGAUCUUCGAUUCCUGUCCCCUUUGCGGCCACACGUCUGGAAACAUAGAGGAGCACGUCAAUCAGCAUCUUCAGCAAGUGGCUUUCAAGUCUCUGCCACUUCCAGAUGGGCCACUCGAGGUUACGAAAGAUGACGGUGACCGUUCUAAAAGCAUUUCUGCAGAUUCAGCAUUAGCAAGCGGGAGUCGAAGUACUGUGAAGAAUUUCAUGCUCAGUUCUCCUGCUGAGGAUGUCGCGGGGCUUGAUGAACAGGUCGAUCCGGAGAUGUUUGUUUCAGACUCCGAAAUUCUGUUCAGCGAGGAGAUCCCCUACCAUGACUGGGCUCCUGUCUUCACAAAGAUCCAGAGAGGUGAUGCUCUCAGAGACCCUCUUGGUGCUCCAACGAUGGAGGAACAGCUUUCUGACCCGAUACUCAAACCCUUCAUAUCUAACGCUUAUGAACUGUAA